AUGUGCGCCUGCCUCCAUGUCACAAGCGAAUACUGUGUUCGUACUAUGACCACUUGCAUGCCGGACACCUCUGGAGGACUCUUGGUGAGGAGACUGGAGAACAUCCUCUGCAAAGCCUGGUUUUAGGGCGUGGUUAUCCUUAUUCGUCGGUGGGCUGACGUAAUCAGCAGUAUGACAUCCCUUUGCAAGGACGCCGGGUCAUUCUUUGCACUGCGACACUCACCAUCACACGAUGCCUCUUCUCUACAGACCAGACCCACCAUCAUCUCCACAGCCAGAACCAUUGGAUUCUGUUCAGCUGACAGAUGUCGAUGACUCUAUAGUUCUUUCAGACUUGCUACGUACCGGCGAAGCAUCUCGUCUGAGAAGGAGGGGCGCAAUGAGACUCGACCAUAAUGCCAUACACUCUCAGCGUCACGAAAGCGGUCGUACAACGCCUCCAACUAUCAUAACACCGGCCUCUCCAUCUUGGAUGGACCCCCGAGAUGACGACGAUGGCGAUGAUGAUUACACUCAGGCGUGGGAGCAAGCAGACAAUACCGUAUCGCUCUCUGCGGAAAUUAGGCUUACUUCAGGCCCAGAUUCCUCUGACCACGUCCUAUACUGCGGUGGAGAAGAUCCGACGCUGGAGUUGACAGUGGGACGUGGCCCUUAUGAACCACCCUCCCCUUUACCUUCUUCUCCCGCUAUACGAGCGCCUCGGCGGCGAGACGCUCGUCUCACGAACGGUUGCGGAGCCGUCGUUCAUCUUCGCGCUUGGCAGCACGAGCGCACCAGCGUAUGGAUGGGCAAACACGAAGCUACUUCCGCAGUCAUACCCAUAGAUCCUUGCUAUCUUGAGCGCCCCUCGAUUGUCAAGCUAACACGCAGUCCCUGCGGGUGCGUCAGGGAACCGGUCGGUUGUGCGAUAUGCGGGAAUCCGCUUGGCACACGACAUAAACCAUGUGAAGCCGCUUCGUCAGGAUUUUUUUCUUCAAAUAAUGCAUCCGCGCCUCCCCUGUGCCCCGAGGGUCCAAGGUACUGGCACGGUGUUCCAGCGAGAUCUUCGUCACGCUACUUCUAUACGUUCUUCGCCGAUUCGGUGACCUCUCAUUCUGGUUACCGGGGAAGUUCGUCUAGAGAUCGUCAUCCCGAAAAUUCAAUGGCAUAUGAUCUGUUAGAGCUUCUUGUUCCUCCGUCUCCACGGCCUCCGAAUGAUGGGGACCAGGAGAGUAUCGAGUACAACUCAUCGCGCUUGCAAGUGGAUCCGGAUCCCAGCCUCGACCCUGAUGGUACCAUUAUCGCUUCCUCGGAGCCGGACUCUCCCGAUAAGUCAAGUUCAGAACUAAUCUCACUGCCCGAGCGGUGAAUGAUUACCCCCGAACUGCGAACACGUACAUUGGGACAUCUUGCUGCCGCGCCGUGGGACGCUUCGCUUCUUUAUUCGCUCUUCUUUUGCAUCACCCAUGGAUUUUACAACAGUAUGUAGUAUACUUGUCACCCUCCAUCUGUUCUCAAGACCCCAUCCUUAUCCCCUCAUUUAGUACUUGGACUGAUCUUAUGGCUAUCUAGAUACUAACAUCUUGUCAUGAGCCACAUCCUUGCACUUACGACUGUACUCUUGGCAGUACUAUUUUGUAACCUCAUUGGACAUCUACAUCGUCCAUUAUUAUAUAUGCUACGUUCGCGUUUGCGUAGCUUUAAGUUCAUAUGUAAUGGGGUGCUUGACAAUGU